GUAAACUUUUAAAAAUGAUUAAUUUCAAUAAAUUAUUGAAAUUUCAAUCAAAAAAUGUGUAUAAUUACUCUACUUAUUUUAUAAGUGAAAUAUUUAAACGUAAACCGAUUAAAAAUACUGUAUCAGUUAAGGGUUGGAUAAAAUCUUUACGUAAUAUGAAAGAUAAAUAUUUCGUAGAUUUAUCAGAUGGUUCGUGUAGUACUAACUUACAAGUAGUCGUACCUAAAAACAAAAUUUCUAAUUUAAAUACAGGGGCGUCUAUUUGCGCUAGUGGGAUACUAAAUAAAACAUCUAAAGGGCAAUUAGAAAUUCAAGCAAAUUCGAUUGAAAUUAUAGGUGACUGUAUUGUAACUGAUGGUUAUCCAUUUGCUCCUAGAAAAGUUUAUCAUUCCGAUUACAUACGACAAUAUUUACAUUUUAGACCGCGUACAAAUAAAUUCUCCUCCCUGUUACGUGUUCGUAACUCAGCAACUCUUGCUGUCCAUAAUUAUCUAAAUUCAGAAGGGUUUAUAUUAAUUAAUGCUCCAAUUUUAACAUCAAACGAUUGUGAGGGAGCUGGAGAAACCUUCUCAGUCUGUCCUGAGAGUAAUGAAUUAUUAGAAAGUAUGGCCAAAUCAAAAACUUCCGAAAAAAGUGAUAUAUUUUUCAAUAAAAAAGUAUUUCUAAGUGUAUCGGGUCAAAUGCAUUUAGAAGCAGCGGCACAUGGUCUUUCUAAAGUAUAUACAUUAGGUCCGACAUUUCGUGCAGAAAAUUCGAAAUCUAGAUUACAUUUAAGUGAAUUUUAUAUGCUCGAAGCUGAAAUCGCAUUUGUAGAUAAUUUAGAAGUUCUAUGCUCCUAUGUUGAAAGUCUUAUUAAGAAUAUUACAAAAAAUGUUUUAAACACUAAUUCGGGAGAUGUUAAUUCAGUUUUACAAAUUGAAGAAAAUAUUAAAAAUAAUUUUUCGUGGUUAGAAAAAGAAUUUAUUAGAAUGAAUUAUGAUGAUGUAUCGAAAAUUUUAUUAGAGAAUAAUCAUAAGUUUAAAACGAAAUUCGAUGUAAGUUCGGGCUUAGGUAAAGAACAUGAACUAUUUCUAGUCGAAUAUAAUGAAAAUAUACCAACAUUUGUUAUAAAUUGGCCUGCAAAUUUGAAACCUUUUUAUAUGAAAUUAGUCGAAAAUGAUAAGGUGGCGGCUUUUGAUUUAUUAGUAUCGAAUGUUGGUGAAUUAGUUGGCGGAAGUUUAAGAGAAAACAAUUAUAAUAUUUUAAAAUCAAAAAUACCAAUCCAAAGUGAUCCAACACAAAUGGAAUGGUAUUUAGAUUUACGAAAAUUUGGUGGUGUACCAACCGGGGGCUAUGGAAUGGGAUUCGAACGCUAUUUACAAUUUAUUUUAAAUAUACAAAAUAUUAAAGAUACUAUUCCAUUUCCAAGAUGGCCACAUAAUUGUGCCAUGUAGAUUUUUUGAAUCGCUAUGUAAAUAAACUAAACUGUUAAAUGAG